CACUGCAAGCCUAUCGAUUAAUGCAACGCAGGUGUAAUCGAAUACAGCUGUUCAAUUCAUCGACGCUAAUAAGCGGCUGGAAAAAGAAGAAAUUAAGUAAUAGAACCCUCCUGACGCGCAGAUGCAACAACCAACGGCAACAACAGCACCCAAUACUGGCGGAGCAUCGAGCAAUGAGCCUGCGCUCCGCGCUUGCAACACCGCGGGCUGCAAAGUGGAGAAAUACGUGGAAGUGACAAAACGAAAAUGUUCGCAGUUUGUGUCAGCACCCUACGUAAUGCCGAAGCCGCUUGUAGUGAACGGCAGGACGGCUAUAUUCCAGGUGGGCGGUGAAAUGGCCAAAAUGGGCGACAUACCUAGUCUAUCUGGCGUGAGUGGCGGCGACGGAAGUGGCCAACCCAUCUAUCGGAUCAAGCCAGGUACACACGCACACAUAAUUAACUACGUGCUGGUCGAUGAGGGCUCCGAGUCCAUGGAAAAGGCCAAUUCAGGCGACCAGGAGGCUUUGCGCAUGAUGCUCGAUGCACAGCGAGAGAGUGCGAGUACCAAGCUUCAAAGAUUGGUGACUAGCCAUCGUGGCAUUGCUACGACUACUUCAAACCCUGCCGUCCCCACCUCCGUACCUAAUCCAAAUACUGCAUCAGCACUUUCCGCAGAUACGACUUCACCAUUGGUGAGUGCAGCACGCCGACCGGCUGCGACGCCAACUACAGUCGCUCCAAAUUCUACAAACACUCACGUAUCCACGCCACAGAUCCAUCCAGACUUCUCCAUCGCAAACGUGGAAGGCGCUGUGCCAUUCGUGGCAGCACCUAACGCACUCCCAGGGGCGACUGUGAACAAACAGAACAAGCCACCGGAAGUCGUCAACAGCCCCAUUGCUGUUAACCAACUGCAGGCCGAGAUACUAGAGCUGCGGCGCACCGUCGCACGCCUCGAGGAGGGGGCACAUCGAUAAUAGUUUUUGUAAUUUAUAUUUAUUUAUAGUUAAAUGCAAUGGACGCCUUUCAGAUGGACACAUAAUAUAAUAUACAAGAUAUCGUAUAAAGCAAAUAAAUAAUGACAUUGUUCGUAGAAAUUGAUAGAAACAA